UAUCCAAAUUAAUUUGGUUACCCUUGUGUCCUCCUCCGUUUCCUCGUCCAACUAUGACCUGCAUCGUCUUUACUCUGGCUCUCAUCGCCGCUACAAUGGCAACUGCCAAUUCACUCCAUUGCUACACCAUGAAUGAAUACCAAAGUCACCCAAUAACAACUACAAACAACAUCGCGUGUCUUUCCGUCUUCGAAGUCGAAGGCCAAUCUUCCUCAUUCGGAGCCAUCGUCGACUCCCAAUUCAAUGCUCAUCGCAAGAUUGAGUUGGCCACCGCCGACGGAAGUUGCAAAAAGAUGGAGAAGAUCCUCUACGACAAGACUCAACCUGAUAUAUUCUACGAGGCCUUCUUGUGCUAUUGCACGGAAGACAAGUGCAACAAGCCGAUCACGUACGCCCAAUUUGCCCAAAAUGGAUACAAAAUGCCCAGCGAAUUCUGAUUGCUCAAAAACAAAGAAAAUCCUGCUUCUGCUCUCCUUCCUGUUUUUUUCGUUCCAACUCCUCGUUCAUCACCUCAUCCGACUACACUCCAAAAUACUCGCAACCUCACUAAUUAAUGUUUGCCAUUUCAAGAUUUUUCCCUCUUCCUCUCAAUCAUAUUCCUUUUCUUUUCAUUGUUUGUCAGUUUAACAUAAUGAGCAAAUAAAACUUUACAUGAAAAAA